UGGCUGUUGGGAGAGAGACCGAGGGAGGCAACAUCGCCUGGUCCUGCUCUCUCAUUUUCCUGCUUAACUCAACCUGGAGUGUUGGCACCUGUUUUCUCCCUGCGUUCUCCUUGCGCCACACAGGGAAGCCAGUCACUCCGGACUCCCCAAACGUCCAGGCUGGGUGGAUUAAUAAGUGGUCUGGGUGGAACGGGUUGGGGGGGUGGGGUGGAGUCUGCCCUCUACGUUGACUUUCUGAAAGGUACCGCUAGGGUCUUUUGACAGUGCAACGCCUAGGGUGGGAGGCACAGACGAGGCUUCGGUUACUACACUGCUUACUUGGUUUUCUUCUGGUGAUCUGGAUUUGUUUCCUCGGCCUCGUCCCCCGCCUCUUCUCUCUCCCCUCCCUUUUUUAGCGAAGUGACACAGGCAACACCUGCUCGCUGGUGUUCGACGUUGGAACUCACACCUUCUCUCGGUGGUGACGGUGCCAGCGUACUGGGGACAGAGGGGCAGCAGCGGUUUUCCUUCGUCCCAGCCCAUGAUGCCUAGAGGGGCAGUGGUUGGGCUGCGUUGGGGCUCUGGCCGCAGCACUUCAAGGCGGAAUUAAGGGGCUGCAGCUGGUCAGGAGUUGCUGCUAAGUGGACUCCGCGCAGUCUCCGAGAGGGUAUCCGCUGGGACCUGUCUGCUAAAAGCGGGAACAAGAGCACCUGAACCGGGGAACUCCAGCGUCUUGCGGGCGGAAGUCCGCCGAGCUCAGAGCGUCUCCUCCUUCCUACCCCAGCAACUCCUGCACAUUGGAGACCCGGGACCUGGGAGAGCCAGGGAACUGGAGAAAUACGUGGCGGAGGCUGCUUUCCUGAAGGUGAACCCUUCAUUCCAAUUGCCUUUCCCCAGGAGAGCAAAAGGGAGGGCAGGAGAGAGAGAAUCGAGGAUACGUGUGUGUGAGAGACAGAGACGACGUGUGGCGGGAGGAAAAGUCUUCACUCAGCGUUAAAAAGCAAACAAAUCGGAGAUGGAAUAAGCGGUAAUUGCUGCAAGACCGCCUUGAUUCUCGCAGUCUAGGAAGCUGAGCGCACCGCGCGCAUCGGCGAGGAGAGCUGGCGACCGCGGGAGCUGGCGAGGGCUGCGGGACUUUGGCUUUUCCUUACUAAACAAAUCUUUUGAUUACUUUGACUUGUGAAUAACGAGGGGAGAAAAGGGACGAGCCCUUCGCUAGCUACCUUCCAUCCGCUUUAAGGGGAUUCCAGUUUGGAUGUCAAGAGACUCCUGAACCCUCUUUGGGGGUAGGAGGAAGCACACGCGCGCGCACACACGCACGUUCAGGGCCACACUCACACGCCCUCCACGAGCACACACCACUAGACCUCGGUUCCCUAUGCCCCAGAACGGUGACGGCGGAUUGGCAUCUUGGAAGCGAUGCAAGAGCGAUAAGGCUGGCGCGGGCCCGCGGAAGCUGCUGGAGCAUCGCUAGGUGUUGCCGCCACCAGGAAGCCGGGCUGCAGGAUGAGUAAGAGAUACUUACAGAAAGCAACAAAAGGAAAACUGCUAAUAAUAAUAUUCAUUGUAACCUUGUGGGGGAAAGUUGUAUCCAGCGCAAACCAUCAUAAAGCUCACCAUGUUAAAACGGGCACUUGCGAGGUGGUGGCCCUCCACAGAUGCUGUAAUAAGAACAAGAUAGAAGAACGGUCACAAACAGUCAAGUGCUCCUGCUUCCCCGGCCAGGUGGCAGGCACCACACGAGCUGCUCCGUCGUGCGUGGAUGCUUCAAUAGUGGAACAGAAAUGGUGGUGCCAUAUGCAACCGUGUCUUGAGGGAGAGGAAUGCAAAGUCCUGCCGGAUCGGAAAGGAUGGAGCUGCUCCUCGGGGAAUAAGGUGAAAACAACAAGGGUAACCCAUUAACCAAGAAUAAAAUCAAAUGAUCCUCAAGGCGGAUUACAUCGAACAUAUACAUAGAAACGUAACUCCUGAGGUGAGAAGGAUUUUUAUACCGCUCAGAAGAGGCACUCCGGAGUCUAUCGUUUCCAGGGGAUUUCAUGGCUCAUAAUCAACUGCUUCUUGGAAACAGACUUUUUUAAAGUCAGACACGAACUUCUCUAUCAUGGAGAUCUCCUCAGAUUUGAACUGUGUUCAAUUUGUAUAGUUGGAUUUGCUAAAAGAAUUUGAAGUUGCUCUGUGGAGAGUUGGUGAAGAGUUGGUGUUUGCGGAUAGUGUCAGAGAUGCUUACCUUUUGGGCUCUUGGCUCCAAAUGUGACUGCUUUCCUUGUUUCUGAAAGUCUCCCAAGUGCACUGGCCUUCGGCCACGGACCUGCCGCUGGGUCCUGUGCUCACUGGCUGGCGGACUGCACGUGGCUCAGUGACAUCUCCUUUGCGCACUUCUCCUCUGGCAUGGCGUAGACUGGGACGGUUUGAUUUGUAUCUUUAUCUCGGAGCUCUGAAAGCCUAUAUGUUUUAACAUCUUAAAGUUGCUUUUGUUAAAGGAAUGGAAAUAUAUAUACAUUGAUAAUAAUUACUGUUGGUAAGUAAUAGUUAUCUGACUACAUCCAUCAUAUAAGAAUGUGUAGACAAGCUGACUGUUUCCCCAAGGCUGACACGCUGCUGCAGCUCUCCGCCAGCUACGUAGGUAGUAGUUAGAACUGAAUUACCAUUUCCAUCAUAUACGACUCUUUGGUACCUCUAGAGUACUCUCCCUUUCAGGUUUGCUUUUUUUUUAAAGUGGGCUUUUUCUUUCAUUUUUCUCUUUACUUUUCCCCUUCACAGAAAUCAGCAGUGAGCAGUCAGGAAUUUAGGCAACCUUCAGUUUGAACAAAUUGCCAAGGAUGCAUGUGGGUUAUGAUUUCGUAGCUUGAAAGUUACUCUUUUAGAUUUCUUCCAGUAUUUUUUUAAACUGUCCUUUCUAUCUCAUUUUAAAAAGACUGCCUCUUGCUUGAUCCCAAUGACUGUUUGAAUGCCUAUAUAUUUGUUUGUUCAGUCUGUUCCUAGAAUAAAUUGUUCUUUUCCUUGGUCUCAAAUUUAUAAAUAUUUGCUUAAAGUUGCCCCAUUCAAACACUUUCUUUGGUCAGUUUUUGUCCACGUUUUUGUAGUCCUUUUAACAUUUGUGGUUUUCAGUUCUAUAGGAGACUCUUAUAAAUAUUUAAAGGCCUUAAACAUGUAUGUACUUUUUUUCUAAGUUAUUCACAGAAUGUAUAAUUUUAUACUACUGUUAUUUUGUUUCAUUUUGUGAUGUGCUAGGAGAGAAGAAUGGAAAUUGCAUAGCCAUUCUGUAAUAAUAUUGUGCAAAUGUAUAGUUUGAAGGAAUUUAAAGGGAGAGGCGUCUGUAUUUUACUCAUUUUAGGCUGAUAGGCAGAUACUUCAGAAACUGUCCUAUUAGAAGUUCCAUUAUGUUAAAGACAGUGUGGACAUCUUUGAUAUUUUUAAAACUCACUGACAUGGCCAAUUAGGUAUAUGCCGAUUUCCAUGAUGGAGGCUGACAUACAGACGAAAGCUCUCCGGGGGAAGUUGGUAACAACUUUGAAAGACUAAUACAUUACUCAGAAUCUUUUGUUGGCAGAAUGAAUAAAAGUGUAAAAUUUGCUUAAAAAUUUUUGGAAAGUAUGCUUUUGACUGUGAGUGAAAGUAUACUGCCCCACAGUUCCAUGGAAUGAAAUGACUUUUUCCUUCCAUUUUAAUUAUGCAUAAAGUCAGAUGGCUCAGUGGUUUUCGCAAUAGUUCAAGAUGAUAUGAACUCCGGAAGAAAGGAGGAACAGUUGUGCUGGAGUUUCUGCAUCGGUGAUAUUCUCGUUAGUUUCUUUGGAACAAAGUGAAAACCUAUGUUAUUUUGGAAAUUAUGAAUUUGUCCUAGGUUAGUUUGAAAUUAUAGAUCAUGCCUCUCAUUUUUUAAACUAUGUCCUUUAAAACAACACUGGAAACUCUGUAUUAUAUUCAAGUGUAAUACAUGCAUAUCAAUAGGAAAAAAUAAAUGGAAUUUCAAAUAUACUAACUAGAUUAUCCCCAGUAGAUUAAUGUUGUGAUUCAGAAAAGGUGAAUAAAAUUGGAAUAUAAAAUGGACUCUUUUUCAUGAGUUACA